AUGUCUCCAGGAAAGCAAUUUAUAAACUGCCAGCAAUGCAUAAAUGGCGCGCUGGUCAAUACUCCGCUCACAAUCGACUCAUCCGGACUGAUCAUACCAAACUCUCCUCUUCCUCCAAAUACCGAACAGGUCGACUUGAAGAACACUAUAAUCUCUCCUGGCUUCCUGGAACUUCAGAUUAAUGGCGCCCUGGGGUUUCAUUUUGCCCACUACAGCGAACCAGUGGCCUAUCAGGCUGGUGUGCGAAAGCUCGCCCGAUACCUCCCUUCAACCGGAGUAACAGGAUUUUAUCCUACGAUACCUACUGUAUCACCCGAAGUCUUCAGGGGAGCUUUACCGUUCCUCAAGCCACAGGGCGCCCCGGACUCAGCUUCAGUACUCGGAGCACAUGUUGAAGGGCCAUUUUUAGCACCGUCGAAGAAAGGUGCUCAUGAUGCCAAGAAUAUGCACAUCCCUGAAUCUGCAUCACUUGAAUCGAUAUAUGGGAAGGAGAAUCUGGAGAACUCCAUUCGAGUUUUGACUCUGGCGCCUGAACUUCCAGGAGCACUCAAGCAUAUCGAUUCGUUGACGAAGCAAUAUGGCAUUCAUGUUUCUAUGGGCCAUAGCGCUGCGAACCACCAACAAGGAUUGGAUGGAAUGAAAGCUGGCGCAAAUCUCAUCACGCACACCUUCAACGCAAUGAAUCCACUGCAUCAUCGUGAGCCAGGACUUCCAGGUCUCAUAACUGAUCCUAGCCCUCCCUAUUUCUCCAUCAUCGCUGAUUCCAUACACUUGCAUCCGCGUAUCGUCGGAAUUGCAUAUAGAUCCGCACCCAGUCACUGUAUUCUCAUCACGGACAGCAUCGAGCUCUCCGGUCUCCCUGAUGGAAUCCAUCCUGGCCACGCCCAGAUACCAUUCAACCAGCUCAAAGAAGGGAACAAAGUGACAAUUGAGGGGACUGAUACUCUCAUCGGCACAUGCAUCGGUCUCGAUGAGUGCGUAAGAAACCUUAUGGCUUGGGCUGAGAUCCCAGUUGAGCAAGCGGUCAGAUGUGUUACUGAAAACGUCGCACAUGCGAUGGGUUCGAAGGAUCGGGGUACUCUGGGUAUUGGUAGGAGAGGUGAUUUUGCUGUACUGAGCGAGACUGGAGAAGUGAAAGAAACAUGGAUUCUAGGCAGAAGGGUAUCAGGGAUAGCAUAG